UUAACUGGCAACGCUAAGGCGUUGCUAUGGCAACGGUUCGCCAACAGAAACCAGUAACUCUGACACUUGUAUAAUAACAGAACGUAGUGCUUUAACAGUAAACAUGGAUCUACGGCUUAUGGAUAAACUGCGGUUACUCAAAAUCGAUACAGAAUUGCGUCCACAAAUAAAAAUGAAGCCGAUGAGUCGAUAUUACUUUAUGACUGGUACUAACCCUGGUGAACAGUUCUUUGUGUUUGCGUCUACUGCCGCUUGGCUUAUCAGGAAGACUGGUAAGGAGUUUGAGCAGCCGAACGAAGAAGACGAUCCCAACAGCAUCACAGCCACCAUUCUAGACGUCUUGAGAGAAAAAGAUAUCACGGUCGAUUUCUCCUCACACAAACUCAAGCAGGGCUACGGCGAACAAAUCUGUUACAUAUUAAACGUCCUAGCAGAUGAAGCUUUGAAAACCGAAGAGUUUGAAUGGGAAAAACCUAGGGUAGAUAUUGCAGAACCAGAAGAGGCUUCUGAUGACGUAGACCAAGUGGAAGAUGAGACGGAAAUACUUUUAGACAAAGUGGAAGAAGAAAUGGCUAUCUACUCUGGCGAGAGUGAUCAAGAAUUUGAGGUUGAAGAAAAGGAAUCUAGCCUAGUCAAAAAGGUCCAUGAUUGGGAACAAUGGAAACUGGAGCUAGAAAGAGUGGCUCCAGCGUUAAGAUUAAAAAUCUCAGCAGAUGGAAGAGACUGGAGAGCGAGGCACUCGCAAAUGAGGACUUACAGAGAUGAACUUUUCGAGAGAUUCAAGACCACCGGAACCCAGUUAAACAAGCUGCACGGAAGUAUAAGUUCAGUACUAGAUAAGAUAACAGCUAGAGAAAAUAUAUUGAACGAACAGUUUGAGCCCUUAGUUCGGGAGUACGGAGCGUUGUUAGAUGAAUUGAAUAAGGUUACAAAUGAAUACAAAGAUGCCAGCGUUGGGGUGACUGAAAGACAAGAAAUGCUGAAUGAUCUCACAUCGAAGGUAGAAAAUAUAAAGCAAAGGACGGAAUCUAAAGGGUCUUCGAUGAAUGAUAACUCACCGUUGGUGACUGCAAAGAAGGCAGUCUCGAAUCUGAAGAAAGAUAUCCAGGACAUGGACUUCCAGAUCAUUGUAUUACUGUGGCUGUUGACAACGAAGGAGAAUCCUAAUAGCAAUAAUUUGUUCACUAAUGCAGAAUCUAAGAUGGUUGGCAUUGAAACUUAUUGAUUAUGGAAAUGAAAGUGCACUUGUGAGAAAUU